AUCUCCAAGAAGGAAGGGGGUUGUCCUUCUUCUGCUCCAAGCAUCAGAGGAUGGAGGAGCCAAAGGGAUUCACAGGUGCCCCCUUUUGGAGUCAAACGGCAAGAUUUGAUGUGUCAGCAAUUUAUCCAGAUGUCAAGAGACCAAGUACUUACCUGCAGGCCCCAUACACCAAAACGGUCUGCUCAGACUUGAACCGAAAAUUAGGACCAGGCACCUACAGUAUUGACUAUGGAGGCUUCAGUUCUAGUCAUCUGCAUAAGAAGAUGUCAAGCUCUAGUUGGGCGAAAGCCCAGGAGGCAGCAAGGCUCACCAAAAUGCCACAUUUCAAUUUUAAGGAAAUAUGCAGCAGGGCGAAAGCUCUGAAAGCAAAGCUGGGUCCUGGGACUUAUGAGUACUCAGAUUUUCUACAACUCCAAGAGAAACGUCCACACAGCAUUAGAGGAAUAUGUGACACCGGAGCAGUGAGAUUUAAAGACCGCAUCAGGGAAUGUUAUCCUGGCCCAGGAACCUAUGGAAAUCCUUAUGCUGCCCUAGAUAAAAAGGAAAAACGUUCUGUGACUGCACUUGGAAUAAUGGACAGUAAAACUUCAAAAUGCUUCGCCUUUCCCAAUGUGGGAAGUGGUUUGGGACCUGGCACCUACAAUAUCAAAAAUGGGGUGGAUGAGAUGCUGAAACGCGUGGUCAGCUUAAAAGGCCCUUAUGAAACCUUCACAGGAGACAGGUCAAAGCCUAUUGUCAGUGGGCAUUAUGCUACUGAUAAAAAGUCCAUCGAACUGAGUGGCACCACACUGAAGAGCUUCCUGGAAGAACUAGAAUCAAGGGAUAAAAGGAAGCACGGCACUUUCGGCAGUCAUGUUUGGAAUCCCAAGUGCCCCUCCGAUCGGAUCUUCUGGGCCACUAUCAGCCAGUGUCCACGUGAACAAUACCUGACGGGGCCAGGCUCAUACGACAUAAAGCCCAUCAAGAGAAAAGAGUAUGAAAAUCAGCCACCGUUCUGGAUUGGUGCAAAAAGAUUUGACAGGAAAGCAUACCGUCUGUUUGUUGGAAAUGCUAACCCAGUUGGAGUUGGCCGCUAUGAUACUAUGAAACAUGAGAAAUUCCGAAAGAAGAUCAGAUACCGUUCGCUUUAUAUGCAUGAUACACAGCGUUACCUUAGUAACCUGGAGAGGGACAAGUGCUUACAGGAGAGGAUCACACCUGUUAAUAAAGGCCCCCAAAGACUCUGUUAAUCUGCCUGAAGACUCGUUGCUUCCUGAAACAUAGUAUAUUUAAGUCACCAGGUAUCAGCUGCAUUUCUAGUUAAUGUCCAUAAAAAAUCCUGCCAAGAGGACAGACACCUCAACAUUUGCUAUAUCAUAUCCCGUACCCACCUACAAUCAUUUCUUGGUAAUUAUGUAUAACACUCAAAUCAAGUCACUUGGUGGAAUAUGGUUAAUGUGUUUUUUGAAAACCAGCAUGCUGAUGUAAUUAUAUCAAUAUUAAAAAUGCUAGACACAAA